AUGGCGGAGGGCAAGAUGACUGCCACCGCUAAAGCGGCCUUCUUGACAAACACUUCUGAAGCAGAUCCUCACUCGUACCAAAUUGGAUUUGGGAACCGGUUUGCAUCAGAAGCUGUGCCUAAUGUAUUACCCAAAGGGCAAAAUGUUCCUCAACGAGUGAAGUAUGGUUUAUAUUCAGAGCAGUUGAAUGGGGCUCCCGUAUUGAGCUCUAGGGAUGCGAUCCGACAUGUAUGGAUGUACAGGAUUCGGCCGUCGGUGGCUCAUGGCCGCGUUUCCCCAGAUCCUAAUCUCAAUGUGAAUAUCGAAUCUUGCUUCUCUCCAUCGAACCACAACGUGGAGUUUGUCGCAUCACAGCAAGCAUGGGAUCCAUUUCCUAUCCUAGAGCCUAUUGAACAUGGAUCAUCAUCUGCUGGCACCGACUUUAUCCAGGGUAUCAAGACCAUUGGCGGCCAAGGAGAUCCCACCCUUAGAGAAGGUGUCGCGGUCCAUGUUUUCUCAGCGAAUAUCUCAAUGGGACACUCGGCAUUCUCCAACAACGACGGCGAAUUCCUAAUUUUGCCUCAACACGGCAGACUAAAUAUACAAACCGAACUGGGCUGGAUUAUGGCACGUCCUGGAGAAGUCGUGGUAAUUCCAGCUGGAAUCCGUUUUCGUGUUCUUCUCCCAGAUGGGCCGGUAAGAGGCUAUAUACAAGAGGUUUUCGGUACGCACUACGAACUUCCGGAACUCGGUGUCGUUGGAUCGAAUGGCCUAGCACUCCCGAGGGAUUUUGAGUCUCCAGUGGCUAGUUUCGACAUUGAUGACACGCCAUGGACAAUUACGUACAAGCUGGCAAGCACCUUGCAUAAUUGCAAGCAAAACCACUCUCCAUUCGAUGUUGUGGCAUGGCACGGCAAUUUGGUUCCCUACAAAUACGCCAUGGAGAAGUUUGUCAACAUGGCAAAUGCAAACAAAGAUCAAGCCGACCCGACAAUCUACUGUGUUUUAACGGCCAAAUCCAAAGUCCCUGGUGUAUCACUCAGUGACUUCCUAGUUUUCACAAAGAAAUGGAUCACGGCAGAAGAUACCUUUCGGCCGCCAUACUAUCACCGGAAUAUGAGCACUGAGAUUAUGGGUUUGAUAUAUGGAAAAUAUGGUGGAUCUAGUCAUGUCUUGGAUGGUGGCGGCCUGAGCUACGAAGCGAGCUACAUGCCCCAUGGCGAAACGUACGAUACGUGGAAAGAUGCCACCACUCGCGAGUUGGAGAAUGUGAUUAUCUGUGAAGAUACGAUGGCGUUCAUGUUUCAUAUCAGCGUGCCGGUAUUGCUUACGAAAUGGGCGACACAGGGCGACGGGUCCAAGUACCUUCAUACAAGUGACCCCCAUCAAUGGGAUAAUUUGAAGGCCCAUUUUUUGGAUCACUUGGAAGAAGUCAACACGGACCUGAAGGCCGCUGGACUCCCGAUGUUAGCACAGCAUAACUGA